AUGAUACCCGCAUACAUUUUGUUGUGCUUAACCUCAAUCCGCAAGAAGGCUAGCUGGCUUUUGGGAAGAGCAGCGGACAUGGAUUCUCAAAAACAGGAGUUUUGGAAGGAGGCUAUUUUGAAAGAAAAAAUUGUCAGACUAAAUUGGUUUCGAGAUAACUGGAUCAAACCUAAACUCGUCAAAAAGGUGGGUGAAAAACGAGGGAUGAAACUGCCACAAAUCAACGAACCUCAACGUGAAGCAAAACCGGUGAAAACGCUGACCACAGAAGGGGCGCAGGUCAAAAGUAGAGAUGAGAAGGUCAUUAUCGAUGUGAUGCGGCCGGUAUCGGGAGAGACUCGGGAUGUGCUGUAUGAUGGCUUUUCAGAAGAGGAGACUGGACGCUACAAAUACCUCCUCCUCAGGAAGCGAAAGGAUCCUGAGGUCAAGUACCUCUACCCUAUAACCAGCAACUGGCAGUAUGGAUGGGGUCUGGGUGACAUGAACAAGACCUACGUCCCGAUGUAUGCAUUCAACGCCAUUGUGAAAGAGAGCUUUUUCCGCAAGAACGGCGUCUUCCCUCGCUCCGCCACCUCAGACACCGUGGCGUGAUGGUGCCUACCGGAUCACACAGGACUCAACUGACAGUACAGGCCCACCACCAACACCUGCACUGGUCUUGUGAAGACGAAAAUCGUCAUUAAGCUGAUAAAUAGAAUGUGUAAAAUAAAAGUGUGGUUCUGGAAACUUG